AAAAACAAAAUGCUUGAUUUGACUUCUUUUGUUAGUCUUUUUGUGUUAGGAGUUAUAGGAUGGAUCACUUAUAAAAUAUAUAUUUGGCCAAUUUAUAUUACUCCUUUGAGAAAAAUUCCUGGUCCACCAUCUGAAAGUCUACUUUACGGAAAUCUUAAAACAAUUUUUACAAAAGAGGACACGCAACUUAAAUGGGUACAAGAAUACGGGAAUAUUAUUAGAUAUCAUGGAAUAUUUAAUCAACCAAUGCUUCUUAUUUCAGAUACAAAAAUAAUUCAAGACAUUACGUCAAAACAUGUUUAUGAUUUUAUUAAACCUCUUCGUAUGAUGUCUGAUGCUCUUGCAAUGGGCGGUAAAGGUCUUAUAUUUUCAGAAGGUGAAGAUCAUAUGAGACAAAGAAAAAUGAUGAAUCUGGCUUUCAUUCAUAAUAAUAUCAAAGAAACGGUUCCAACAAUUAUUCGAGUAGCUUUUACCUUAAAAUGUUUAAUCGAAGAUAAAGUGAACUUAGGAGAAUCUAAAUUCAAUCUUACUCCAUAUAUCUCAAAAGCUGCGUUAGAUGCGCUUGGCUCAUUUGGAUUUAAUUACGAAUUUAAUUCAUUAACGUCUUCAAAUGAAUUAACAGAAGCUCUCAAUAUUUUUACAAAUGACUCACAACCUUCUUUACGCCUUGCCAUUAGUUUUUUAUCAGCUUAUGUGCCAUUUAUUAGAAAUGUUCCAAUAGAUAUAAACAGAAAGUUUAGAAAUGCAUGUGAAAUUAUUGAUCACAUGUCAAAGAAGUUGAUUGAAGAAAAAUGUAAAGCAGCAGAAAUUGGUGAAUUGGAAGGAAAAGAUCUCUUAUCUCAUUUAAUUAAUAUCAAUAAUUCAUUACCCAUUGAAGAGAAAAUAACUGACAAAGAAUUAAAAUAUCAGGUUAUGACAUUUUUAUUAGCGGGACAUGAAACAGUAGCUACAGCAAUUUGUUGGGCCUUAUAUUCUCUUGCACAAGAUCCGCAUGAGCAAGACUUAUUGCGUGAAGAAUUAUUACAAGCUUUUCCCGAUAAAUCAAAAUUCAAUCCUACAUUUGAUGAAAUUAAUUCUUUGGAAUAUUUAAAUUGCGUAGUUAAAGAAACUUUGAGAUUACAUUCUCCAGUUCCUACUACUGGUCGACUUAGUACUAAAGAUGAAGUUUUGGGAGGAUAUCAUGUUCCAAAGGAUACUAUAAUGAAAAUUUCAAUUGCAGAACUUCAUAGACUGCCCGAAAUUUGGGGUCCAUCAGCUGCUGAAUUUGAUCCAAAAAGAUGGUUGGAUCCUUCCUUAAUUAAGAAUGUAUCAAAUCUAAACUAUUUGCCUUUCCUUACUGGUACAAGAACUUGUAUAGGCAUUAAAGUAUCCUUAAUUGAAAUUAAAAUAUUAUUAGCUAUGUUAAUUAGGAAUUUUGUUUUUAAACCAAUUGAAGGAUUUCAUAUUAAAAGAAAAAUUUUCCUUUUUAAUAAGCUUGAUCCAUACCUUGGAUUAUCUGUUUCUAAAGUUGAAAGUUAACAAAGUUAUCAUAAUUAUAAUUUAUUAUUUCCCUAUAAAAAUAUUGGAUACGUUUUUUAUAAAGUUUUUAUACGAUUUUUUUCCUUAGAAAUAACGUAUCAUAAUAGGAUACGGAA